AUGGAACAAUUGAGUUGUAUAAGAGAGAAAUCAAAUAAUUUUCUAUAUUCUCAUGAUUAUAAAUAUGUCAAAUUACUUAUAUUAAGUGAAGUAUUUGAUAAACAAUGGAUUAAUAAAGUUAUUCGUGUAGCAGGUAUUGUAACAAAUUUAGAUAUUUCUGAAUGUAGCUUUGUAUUACAAUAUGAACUUAAUAAACUCGUUGUAAAUAUUACAAGAGAUCUUGAGUGCUUUGGACAUGAUAUUGAUGAUGGGAAAACUGUUGAAGUUAUUGGAGAACUAAAAGAAACUAACAAUGGUGAACUAAUUCUUGAAGCUAAAAUAAUAAGAGUUACAGAAGGGAUGAAUAUACAUUAUCAUCAUAUGAGUAUAUUAUUACGAAGAAAACUCUUUAUUAAAAAUGAGAUUUAA